GUGAAUGGAACGCGGUGUGCCGCACGUCCUCGCGUAGUACGACGCUCCGCGGGCACUGCGCGCCACCAAUGGCCAGCGAGUACGGGGUAUCACGUGACGCGCGUACUGAGCCAGCCAGCAGAACAUUGCAAAUGACAAGACGCGUAGGGCAUUGUCGUCGCGCCGCCGCCGCCGUCGUCGCCGCUGCUGCCGCCGCCGCCGCCGCCGCCGUCACCGCCGCCGCUGCCGCCGUCGUCGACCUCGCUGAGUGAAUCCUUCCGGUAGUCGGUGAAAAUCCCGUCGGUGGUCGCGUUCAGUGAGUCCUCCGCGUCGAGGCGCCGGACGGGCGUCCUCCCGAUAGUCGUGGUCGUUAGUCUGUGCGCGCGCGACUUCGUCGGUGCUCCCGCGCCCUGAGAGAAAGCCGCUUUUUUUGGCAAGAGGAAGCCGCCAGGUGCGCGCGUCCGCUCCGUGGAGCUGCGAAUCGCUCGCCGGCGCCGCUCGCACGCCGCGUGAGGGAAAGAGAGAGAGAGGAAGAUGUCGAGCUCGCAGCGUAUGCGAAAAUCCUCGCCAUGCUCGAAGCAGGGCCCGAUGCGCGCUACCCUGCCCGUAAGCUCGCUCUUGAGGCAGAGCCGGCAGGGCAGCAGUCUACGAAAAAGCAACAGCAACAGUCCCACCGUCUCGCCGACGAACGCGGCGGCCUGGCGGGCACGCAUCUCGCCGGAGACGUCGUCUUCCUCGGGACAGCGGAGCCCCGGGUCCCUGUCCUAUAAAGCCAAAUCAAAAACGUUGAGCGGCCGCUGCAGCGAUAGCUUGAGCGGAAGCCAAAGCAUUCGACGAACAGCGUCGCUGGAUACCAUCUACUUGAAGGGACAGUGGCCGCGUGACUCUUAUUAUCUGCAUUCCAGUCUUCUGGUAGAUAAGUCCACUCAGACGGAAGAAUGGCCCAACGAGCCGAGAAAGAUGCACACUCGUCACCCCACAGACCAAACAACCACAGAUGAGAAAUUGGAAAAGUACUUCAGGCAUCGAUUACAACGUACAAACAAAGAGGGUACCAGCAGUAGAGAACGGACAGCGGCGUUUGGGUUAAUCAUGCCAGGUGGUCCCCCGCCCGCACUUCCCGGAGAUCAUUCAGUACUUUUGCCCAGUAUUGCAUCACAAACAUCCAUGCACAAUCAAUUUAGUUUGAGUACAAAAGCGAGCCCCAUGAAUAUCCCGAUGAAACCGAUGAGGCCUCCAAUGCGUUCGUCCAUCGAAGGACUUAAUCAAGAAAUUGAAGGACUUGUGCUCAAAACCAAUACUAGCGACGCAGAUCAUCCAGUAGAAGACAAGUAUGCACGAUAUCGUGAACAAAUCACACCCGAAGGACAUCGCGCUCCUUUAGCAGAUCUAUUACGGGCCACUCGGAGUGUUAACACACAAACGCCGGCUACCGACCUUCCCUCCAGUUCUUAUUCUUCAGGCCCUCCAUCUAGGAAUUCUGAGUCUCCGCUGAUUCCUGGUCUUAUGGAUGCAUCCCGUCCGCCUAGCGAUCUCUUACAAGGCGGAAGUCGCGGUUCAACGCCUGAACAAGACAGAGAAGGACGUCUCGGCACCUCCCCUCACAUUAACAGGUUCCUCGCGAGGGAACCACCUGAUGGCUGUGAGAAAGUCAACCUCAAAUUCGUGGAAGAAGCGAGGCGGCCCAAAGAUUUGAGCAAACUAGACUAUUGCCCAAAGCCGUGCGUACCAUUCCAAUUGAAACCUAGCUUGGGAUCAGCGUUCCUGCCAUUGCAACAGCCGGCCAGUCCGACGAUGGUCGCGAGUGUAUCACCCUCCGCGCAUACAACACCGACCACACCUCCUCCAAAUCCAUAGUCCCACUCUUUACCUUGCGGUGUUACACCUAUAAGCCCGAUUAGUAGACAUACACACAUAUAUGUAUACAUAUAUAUAUAAUACACAUAUAUAUAUAAAUAUGUAUAUGUAUAUGUACAUAUAUAUACACAUAUAUAUAUUUUUUUUUAACGACCAUGUGGGUAGAAAGUGAUUUACUUCGACAUAAAAGGCAGAUAUACACCGAUGUAAGGAAAAGUUACCGAACAAAGAGGAGAAAAAGAACAGCCUGUUCCCAGUGCGCCCCAGCAAUCGCGCUGCGGGCAUCGUGGAUUGUGUAAUUAAAAAAGUUGCGAUUGCAUUGAUAUAAGAAAAUAAAAGAAAAGAAAGAAAAAAGUAUUGGAAGGCAUCUGAGCUCCGUUAUAAUGUUCGAAACAAUAAUAAAUACAAGGAACAAUAAUUUGUGAUAACUAAAGAAAAAAAAACAAAAAGAUAACAAACGACAACGUUUAGGAAUGAACAUUGUGUUCUACAGGGAAAAAGACUAAUGAAAUUGUGUAUUCUAAAUUUAGUGCUAAAGUGUGCUAAACGACUUUAGUUUUGUAUACACGGAUAAAUAUUCAAGAUGACAAAAAAAAGUAUUAAAUUUGAUUGUUGGAAUAAACGAAAUUAUACGGAUACAAAGGAAAAGAGCAUGUGUGCACGGUAUAUAUGUAUACAUAUGUAUAUACAUGUGUACACAUAUAUACGCAUAUGUAUAUACAUCGCUGCCCGUCUAUGGUGUUUUCAUUAAAUCUCUAUCGUUUGAAGUAAUUCAAUUAAAUAAUGACUGAGAGGGAAAGAAAGAGAGAGAAAAAGAGAGAGAGGUGGAUCAUUUGUUAGAAUUUGUAUCGUUUUGUAUUAUUACUUGUACGCUAAAAAUAUUCUCAAACUAUUAUUGUACGAAGAGCUAGAAAAUUAUCGUAUCCCUAUGCAUUCUUGUCUCACGGAAAUGGUCUCAUAAGAACGUUACUUUUGAUGUGAGAUGUGUGGUUUGUUAUGAAUUUCGAUCUGGUAUUGUAUGCACGAAUAUGUUUGUAGAUUUAUUCUUAAUCGAGAGAAUAGGAAGGGAGCGGAUAAAUUUAUCUUUAAUUUAAAAUUAAAUCAAAAUUUCAACAUUUCUUGAAGCACGCAUUACAUUCACGAGUAAUAACACGUUCUUGUCGUUCUUCCAUUUUGCGUCGGCGACGAAAGCAUAGAGCUGCGAUAUAUUUUUGGUUCUUCUUAUGUUAUGUUAGAUUAUAAUCUGAAUAUGUACAACCAACACAACAUGCAGUGACAGGUUGACGAAUGUAUGACAGAAUGAGCCCAACGACACAAGAUUGAUAUGUAUUGAGUACAGAAACGAUGAGUGAUAAUAUUAAAUAUUGAUUGAAGUGACGCGAUAUGUGCUUUUGCCAGUGUGGUAUCAGAUGUGCAUAAAAAACGGCUCCCUAAUUUGGCGCGGAAUACAGGUGUGCGUGUUUUUUUUUUUUUUUUUUUUGUAUAUACGCGGAUAAUUAUUUCGAAAAAAUAUAUAAUCUGCGUCUUAUGCAAGCGACAGUAUGCAUGUGUUGUAAUGUCAGAAUCCUGAUAUUAAGCCAUCCACGAAUAACUUUGGUAGCGAACGACAAACAUAGCAUACAUACACGUAAAAUAUUCGCUCAAGCGCAGGAUGGUUAUCAAUUUCUAAAAACGAAAUUUGCAUUACGUUAGAUUAUUUGGAGAAUAAUUAGCUUGGAGAAGGAGAAAGAGAGAGAGAAGGAAUGAGAUAUGAAAAGAGCGUGUCGCUUCAAUUUUUACCGAAGAUACUUAUCGCGAUAUUAAUUACCGAAGAUCUUAAAGGAGAUUAUUAAAGUAUGAAUGUGAGAAAGAGAAAAUAUGAGGGAGAGCAAAUGGAAGAAAAUUGAAAGUUAUUCGUGCGAUGGGUUAACUUAUUAUUUAGUAUACGCAGAUACAUAGCCCACUCAAGAAGUUCAAUUUAUUUUUUGCUUUUUAAUACGAAACGUUUUGCAAACGGUUUUUAUAAUUACAGUCUGAGGAAAAAGAAAAUAAGAAUCUUGAUAUAGAAUGUAAAGUCGAAAGCGGAAGAAAGCGAUUUUUUAAAUACAAUAGUAAUAUACUUUCUAAUAAUAUAAUGUAUAUCUAGCUACGCGCGCGCGCGACAGUGAAGAAAAAAAAGAAGAGAGGAAGAGGAUGAAAGGAUGAAGGAAAAGAAGAGAGAUUAAGAAAAAUAAGAAGAAGAAGAAAAGAUGAGGAAGAAGAAGAAAAAAAGAAUGUUAACACAUAAGUACCUGGCACACUGGUCUAUGCUCUCUCUUAUCCAGCUCACUAGGAAGUUCAUGCCUUAGAAUGCGUGGUAAGGUGUGCUACAUAGACAGGAAGGUUAAUCAGAGGGUCAGGAUACACGCAAAACGCACUGGCUAGUUAAAGUGUACACAAUACAAAGAUACUGUAGUAUUUACUAGCUUAAGAGAACCUCGUUUUUAUUUAUUUUGCUACAGAUCUAUAAACGACACCUCGUAAAUACCACCUUGUCGCAUCGAUACUUCAGUGUGAACGUAAAGCAGCUUCGAAAGAAAAAACGAAAAAAAAGAUAACGUAUUCAAUCACACACGUAAUUCUGUCUUCGUGCUUUGCACUUUCACGGAGGAUUUUCCGUUUUAACGCGAAUGAAACGAAAGAACAGGUUCCCGUAUUUUCAACAAUGAGUAGUGGUUGGGAAAAGGAAAACAAGCAAGAAAAUGAAAAAAAAGAGGAUAAUUUCAGCGAAUACGCGCUAGCCUCGUUACUUUUCACCGCACUCUCUCAAAGGCUCCACUUUUUAACCUUCGUGUACUUGCAUAAUGUGUUAUCAUUAUUGUUAGCUUUUGUUGUCAAUCUCGUGAAACGGAGUUAAUGCGUUUAAAGACUGCUGAAACUCAAAGAGAUCGCCUGUCAUUCGUAUAUACCUGAAGAAAGACCUAAAGUCAAAUAAAAUUAGGCUCAAAUCACACCGCGAUUAUUACCUAUGUAGGUAUACUCUCUUUGUAAUUCAUUACUAAGUAAUCUCCUUACGUGACUACCGGUACAUUCUCUCUACAUAUCUAAAUCUGAGCAGGCUUCAGAACGGCAAAAUGAUUAUGUCAAUUAAAAAUUCGUUUAACCCUAGGACUGUCUAGAUGUAUUGUUGCAGUAUCUUGCACAAAAAAAUGAUUGUUGAACGUGUAUUGUAAUUCGUAAGAUGCUCAGAAUUAUACAAACUUUCCAGUACAUAAAAAAACAUGUAUGUUGUAUAAAAUAUCUUAAAAAAAUUUUAUAUACCUGCUGAAAUUAAAAUACAACUUUUAUUCACUGUUUUAUAAUAAAUAUAUGAAACAUUUA